AUGAACGCUCCGGCCCGCGGUACCACGCCGGCUCCGAGGCCCGGACCCCGCGGCCCGCACGCGCGGCCGCUCCCCCGGCCCUUCCUGCCGCGGGUCACCGCCGCGGCCGGCACAGCGGAACCAGGCGGGGACGAGCGCGGCCUCCCGGACGCCGGGCCCCGACACCCCCGCUCCCCGGCCCGCCGGCUCCCGGCCUGCCCUGCCUGCCCGGCCCGCCGGAUCCCCGAUCUCCGACCGCCGCUCCCGGCACCCCGGCUCCCUCCCGGCCUCCCCGACGCCCCAGCCUGCCCGACGCCCCGGCUCCCCGGCUCCGUCCCCCGCUGCCGACACCGCGGCUCCUCCCGGCCUCCCCGGCGCUCCAGGUCCCCGAACUCCCUCCCCGGCCUCCGGCCUCCCCGGCGCCCAGGCCUCCUCCGCCGCCGGGCUCCGGGCCUCCGCGCCCGGCCGCCCCGACCCCCGGCCUCCCCAGCGCGGCCUCCCCGGCGCCGCCGCCUCCCCGCCCGCCCCGCCCGCCGCCCGCCACCCCGGCCGCCCUCCGGCGACCCACCCGCCCGCUCGCGGACAAUGCGCCGCCCGCCGCGGCCGCCAAACAUGGCGCCGGCACAGGCACCCGAGAGGCCGGCGGGCGAGGCGGCGGCGGCGGGCGGCCCCGACGAGGCCCCGGCCCGGCCCCCGCCCACUCACCUUCGGGGCCGCGGCCGCGGGAGCCCGGCGGCGGGCGCGGAGGCCGGCGCGGCCCAGGCGGCGCUAAUGGCGCCCGCGGCUCCCCCGCCAACGGCCGCGCAGGCCCGGGCCGCCGCCGCUCUGGGCGCGGGCUCCUGUCGGCGGCGCCCGGCCCGGCUCGGCGGCCGCGGGCUCGCGCGCUCUCGGGCUCUCCGGGCGUGCACGGGUUGA